UGCACGUAGUUUGUUUCUUCAAUGUUCAGCGUUUUUUCCGCCUAAAAAAAAACAGUAAGAAUGACUGGAUUUAUUUAAGCUUUGGAAAUUCAUGAAUAAGAAAGUUGUGAGAACUAACUUUGCUGAAUGGCCUGCUGAGGUCAAUAAGGAAGGACCAAGACCUCAGAGAGGACAACAUGACCAGCUGAUCUGAAGCAUGUUCAAUUCAGCUCUAUUUCCUUCUUCAAAGCUGCAUUGUUAAACGCAGCUGCAUACAGUGGCAAACUGACAGAAAGCACUUUGGGUGUGUUGUUUAACUGUAGACUUUAGGAUCAUUUAAGGUGUCUGGAAAAACGCUGCCAUGAGUGAAUCAAGUGAAACCAAAUAUAGUGUCGCAUCCAGCCAUGAGGACAAAAACAGCAGCAGUUGCACCUCUACUGAACCCCACACAUCCAAUCAUUCUGAAUGUGUUGGGUUUCAUCAGCAGAAGAGAGCUUCCUCUCCAGUGCUUAGCCAUGUUUCUGUGAAGAGUGAUGCAUCAAUGGAUCCUCCAGUUAAAUUCCAGGAGGAAGAUCAGAGUUGGCUCAGCUCUUUGUCACACACCCAUGUAUCUGUUCAGAGUAAUUGGUCAAUGGAGCCACCAACUAAUCUCCGUAUGACUGAUUCUCUCAUCCAACGAGAGCAGCCAACAGAAAUGCAACACCAAUCAACCCCAAAGACACAAAUCGCCCUUGCUGCUAUUUUGCGGCAACUUCAACGCAAUGUGAUCACUUUUGUAAAGAAGGAACUCAGAAAAAUCGACAGCGUUUUGAACCCUGAUCUCACAGAGUGUACAAAGAGUCCACCAGAUGAAAUCGACGAGUUUGCUCUUGAAGCCAAAGAAGCAACAGUCAAAAUCACAUUACAUAUUUUGAAGUGUAUGAAGGAGCAAAGCCUCUUUGACAAACUUCUUCAAUUUCAUCAAAUUGAUGCUUGUCAGCAAAAGCUUAAAUCCAGUUUGAAGAACAGGAGCCAAUGUAUAUUUGAAGGUAUUGCUAAGCAGGCAAAUCCAGCCCUACUCAACAAAAUCUACACAGAGCUCUACAUCACAGAAGGAGGGAUUGGAGAAGUCAAUAACGAGCAUGAGGUGAGACAGAUUGAGACAGCAUCUUGGACACCAAAGACACAGGAAACUCCAAUCAAAUGCAAUGACAUCUUUAAAGCUUUACCUGGACAAAACAAGCCCAUCAGAACCGUAAUGACUAAAGGAGUUGCUGGCAUUGGAAAAACAGUCUCUGUGCAGAAGUUUGUUCUGGACUGGACUGAAGGAAAAGCCAACCAAGAUGUUCAUUUUGUGUUUCCAUUGCUUUUCCGGGAGCUAAAUUUGAUUGGCAAAGAGCAGUACACAUUGGAGCAACUUGUUUAUUUGUUCUUUAGAGAAAUUAAGGGAUUCAAACUUUCAAACUUAGAGAAGUUCAAAGUCAUAUUUAUCUUUGAUGGUUUGGAUGAGUGCCGACUGCCUCUUGAUUUUAGGAACAACAGAAUGUGCUCUGAUGUAACAGAACUGGCCUCUGUGGAUGUGCUGCUGACCAAUCUUAUCAAGGGGAAUCUGCUUCCAUCUGCUCUCCUCUGGAUCACCUCUCGACCAGCAGCAGCUAGUCAGAUCCCUCCUGAGUCUGUCGACCAGGUCACAGAGGUACGAGGGUUCAAUGACCCUCAGAAGGAUGAGUAUUUCAGGAAGAGAAUCAGUGAUCAGAGUCUGGCCAAUAGAAUCAUCUCACACGUGAAAUCAUCAAGGAGCCUCUACAUCAUGUGUCACAUCCCAGUUUUCUGCUGGAUUUCUGCCACUGUUCUAGAGAGGAUGUUGAGUGAUGGAGAGAGUUGUCAGAUCCCCAAAUCUCUAACUGAAAUGUACACACAUUUCCUGAUUUUCCAGACAUUGCAGAUGAUAGACAAGUACAAGGAACUACAUCAGUUGGAUCCACACUUGAGUAGAAACAAUAUCCUGUCACUUGGAAAACUGGCCUUUCAACAACUGAGGAAAGGUUUUGUGAUCUUCUACGAAGAAGACCUGAUAGAGUGUGGCAUUGAUGUCAAGGAUGCAUCACUAUAUUCAGGACUUUGCACCCAGAUCUUCAGAGAGGAGUUUGGGCUAUACCAAAGGAAGGUCUUUUGUUUUGUGCAUCUGAGUUUCCAAGAGUAUCUUGCUGCUUUGUUUGUUCACCUUCACUGGUUUACAACUCAAAAGCCUAGUAGUGAUAAAUUCAAGAUACCAUUCCAAGACACAGAAUUUGGGGAGCUCUGCAUGGAUUCAUCUCUGUUUGAUCUACACAUAAGUGCUGUAAAUCAGGCUUUAAAGUCAAGGAAUGGGCACUUUGACCUUUUCCUCCGCUUCCUCCUUGGCCUUUCACAAGAGCGCAGUGAGAGCUUGUUUCGCCACCUUUCAAUACAAAUAGGACACAUCACACACAGCAAUGAGAACACAGUCAUGUACCUAAAAGAAAAGCUUGGGACAGGUCUUAGCCCCGAGAGGUCCAUCAAUCUUUUCCACUGCCUCAAUGAAAUGAACGACCACUCUCUUAUCAAGGAAAUCCAAACAUACCUUAACUCUGGACAACUUUCAGAGGAGGUACUUUCAAAUGCGCAGUGGUCGGCUCUGGUCUUUGUGCUGCUCACCAGUGAUGAAGGACUGGAGGUUUUUGACUUGAGAAAAUUCUUCAAAUCAGAUGAGUGUCUUUUCAAGCUUCAUCCUGUUAUCAAAGCCAGUCGGAUUGCCAUAUUGUCGACAUGUAAACUGACAAAGAAAAGCUGUCCAGCUUUGGCUUCUGUUCUUGAGGCCAAUCCCAAUGUCCUGAGAGAACUGGACCUGAGUUUCAAUGACCUUGGAGACAAUGGGGUGAAAAGUCUCUGCUCUGGACUAAGGAGCCCACAUUGCAAACUACAGACACUAAAACUUGAGUUUUGUGGACUCAGAAGAGACAGCUGUUCAGCCCUUGUUGCUGCUCUUACAUCAAACCCAUCACAUCUCAAGGAGCUGGACCUGAGCUACAAUAACAUUGGAAAUGAAGCAGCAACCUGGCUUUUGGGUUUAGUGCCAGACUGUGAACUGGAGACUCUAAGGCUUUCAAGCUGUGGGAUCACAAAGGAGGCCUGUGCUUUCCUCACAUCUGCUCUGAGUUCAAAACCCUGCCAACUUAAGAAACUGGACCUAAGUGAUAAUAGACUUUGGGACUUAGGGGUUGGGAUGUUUUCUGGUUUACUUGCAGACCCAAACUGUAAUCUCGAAGAGUUGAGAUUAGAGAGAUGUAAUUUUACAUCUAAAAGUUGUGGUCUGGGUCUGGAGAACUCUCGUCUCAGAGCUCUAGAUCUUUCUGACAAUGAUGUGCAGGAUUCUGGGAUGAAGCAGCUCAUGAACUCACUGAAGGAUCCAUCCUGCAAACUUGAGAAAUUAAGGCUGUCGUCUUGCAGACUGACAGAUAAAGGUUUCUCAUCUCUGGCUUCAGCUCUGAGUUCAAACCCCUCCAGCCUAAAAGAGCUCGAUUUGAGCAAAAAUUUCCCAGGAUGCAUUGGAAUAAUGCAGCUUUUUACAGUCCUUAGACAAAACUCUGCUCUUGAAAAGCUCUGUCUGGACUCAUGUGAACUCACUGCAGAUAUGUGCGGUCUAGCAGCUACAGGUCUGAGCCAAAGCUUAAACCUAAAAGAGUUGAACCUAAGCAACAACAACCUUAAAGAUCAAGGUGUUCGGCUGCUCUGUCUUGGACUACAGGAAGGCAGUUGUGCAAUAAACUCUUUGAAAUUAUCCAACUGUGGCCUCACUGACAGCAGCUGUCAAUACUUGGCUUCCGUUCUUAGUUGUCAGUCCAUAUCUGUUGAGCUGGACCUGAGCAGAAAUGCCAUCAGCCAGCAGACGGAGCAGUUUCUGAGUUCUAUAUCAAACAUCAACCUUUUAUUCUAGUUUACGCGCGGGUGUUGUUUUUCAUUUUACAGGUGAAUAGGAAGGUUAAGGAUCUUCAGCGAGCCGUGGAGACUGUAGAUGUUAAUGUAUGGUUGCUGGUGGAAAAUGUGUUAAUGAAAUAGAUUAGAAUGUAAAAAGAAUGGAAUGAGUCUAAAAAUGGCAUAUGCUGCAGUUUGUGCUGCAAUUUCAUUGUAUCAUGUCUUCAUUGUUGAUUUUGUAGUGUGCAAUUGCUUUGGGAAAUGUGUGAGCUCACUGAGGAGGUGUGUCUUUCAAGUGGGUGGUUAAAAACUCUCUCCACUAGUAAAUAUGGAAUGCUGAAAGAUCACAGCACACAUCUUGGAGAAAUGAACUCAUUCAGAGAGACUGAUGAACGGAGAGGGAUGGAGACAGACAGAAGCUUGAGGAUAGAUAAAGAGAAGUCAUAGAGAGUGACAGCAGUGUAGAAGGAGAGAUGAUUAUGCCUUAUAUGUAUCUUCUGCAAACUUUGGUCUUAUUCAUGGAUGUACAGAAAGGAAGAAAGAAAAGAAGUAAAACACAAAAAUCCUAGGAUACAGCUCAAACUGAGGAAUUCAAACAGGCAAAGGGCAUCACUGGAAAAAUAAAUCAGGACAACGAAAACAGUCCUGCAACAGAAACUGGCAAGUCACUGUUUUUGUUGUUUCGAGCAUUUAUUAAACGGGUUCAAAGAUGCUGCGUCAUCAGUUGUGAGAUUUUGAUUAUGAGAUGUAACUU